UUAGGUAGACCGAGCCAACCCGUCGUCCAUCUCACAACGUCCUUGACAGAGGCACUCCUUCCAAAGGCGCCAACGAGAAGAGAUAAGGCAUCGAAGCAGGGCAUGCUUGCUCCACCGUCGGACACCUAGAUCCGAAGAGAACGCCCUGGGGUGCCACCAAGGAGCAGCGCCUCGACCUUUCCUUCUUGAACUCGUUCCUCAAAAUCAGCCGACCCAUCCAGCCAGCCAGACACCCUGCCAGCUAGCUAGCCAGUUGUCGGUGACAAGGGAUGGACCAUGAGUGCUAUGAUGAAGGUGCGCGCGGCCGAUGAGCCUGCGCCGCCCGAUGGCGAGCUCGCAGGCGCCAACAAGAAGAGGAGGAUCUGGGCGGCGUGCGAACCGUGUCGAAAGAGCAAGGGACGGUGCAACGGUGACCAGCCGUGCGACAGCUGCGUCUCGAGGAUCCGCAACUCCUUGUCGCGCAUGCCGUACAAGCAGCCCAACGGCGUCGUCGUCGGCGGGGGUGGACCAGGUACGACGGAUCCGGGCAUGGAGCUGGAGGUCAUGCGGCUGGCCUCGGAGCUAUGCUCCUACGACUGGAAUCGCAAGCCACGAGGACCAAAGAAGGGCAACAAGGCCUCUGCCUCUUCCGUGGCAGCCGAAGAGCGCAGGAUGCAUUCGUCAAAGGAAGAGGCAGAAGCACGAGGCGCUCCUCGCUCUCAGAUCAGCGCUGGAAAUGCCUAUGUGUCUGCGCUUCAGUCUCGUCCACCAAACAGCUCGGUGGCCAUUCCUGAUCCGCUGCAGGUGCAGCAGGCUCCCUCAUCGGCCUCCUUGCCUCUUCGAGCUUUUCCGCCACCAGCACCAGUGCCACCGCUCCAACCACCGGCAAGGAUGCCGAACGAGCCGAAUCCUAGCCAUUUCAGGGUGCCCUCGUAUCCGUCGUCUUCGUACCACCAUGUGGCUGCCCCUCCGAUCGAUCCCCGUCUGCACUCGCCCGAUUCUGGCCAGUACCAGCCUCCGUCAUGGCAAACAGGCCGAAUGCCCUCUGCCGACUCCAUCCUGACCCCGUCGAGGAGCCACUCCUACCAACGUCAGCCUUUAUCUGGCUUCGUCGCAACCGCACCACUCUGGCUGCCUACCUCGCCCUCGAACAAUCCGAGAAGUACGCUUCGCUCUCUCAUGGGGUCCAACGCCUCUUCUCCUUCUUCGAGCGCAGCUUCCUCGCAUUCCGCCAGUCGAAAUAACUCGCUGCGUCCGACACCCUCCAUUCCCAAUGAUCCGUUCCAUCCAUCCCUUAAUUGGCAUGGCUCCUCCCACGAGAAGGAGAGCGAUGCAGACAUCCGCUUGCCACAGCUCUCCAAUUGGACUCCCUCGACACUGCCCUUUCACGACAACGAUGCUCCUAGGACGCGGGCGGCUGUCCUGGUCGAGCAACUGCGAGAUCAUCUGACAGACGAUGACCGGCCUUUUGUCGCCCUUGCUCUGCUGCAGUUUGCCGAGCUCGAUGCUGCCACCAAGCUCUUUCCUGGGCGCUAUCUCUUCGGCACAGCUCCAGGCCUACAAGCGCCCGAGCCUCCCGCUCACAUCAUACUGGCCUUGUUGUCACUACUGUCACAUCGAGAACUCUUGAUUCCCUCGGCACGAUGCCUCGACGAUCUCGAACGGGUGGGCGAGCAGGAGACAGUCCUCAGUUGGCUCUCGCCAGAGGGUGUCCUGCGAGGCGACAAGCGAGACGACCUUUUGGUGUUUGCGCGGAGGAUGUGGAACGAAGCCCACAGCAUUCUACUCGAUAUCAUUGUGCGAGGCGACGUUGAUCCCCAGCUCAUUCAGACGGGCUGGUGCCUCGACAUGGCCGCCUCUGAGGACGGCAUUAGGAGUGUGACCAUGACGCAGCUCAAAGCUUGGCUCUUUGACAUCGUCGUGGCCUGGGAUCUGCAGUCUCUUGACGGCCAAGAGGUGCUGCACAUUCCCAAGGAAAGGAUCUCGCUGCUCCCCGAGGACACUCCGACGCCUCGACGCUGCGAUGCUCGAGGCUACAUUACCGAAGUCGUCGACAGAGAAGGCCUUCGGCGAUGCUUGGCCUUUGUCUGUACGUCGUACGUGUGGACACAAUCCAGCGUCGUAUCGGGCUCAGGCAUGGAACCACUCGACCUCUCUGGUAUGAAGGUCAACCUGCCAGUCGACGACGACGACAUUCAUGCCGGCUCCGCCUGGCAACCAAUGAAACGUGGUUUCCAGAGUCGUCUCCUCUAUCUGAUUCACAGGAGCUUCCACCUCAACAAUCUCUGCGCUAUCAUGCUGCACACUCCUCUCCAAGAUCUCAUCGAGCAGCCGGAUCUGCAGUCGACCAUCGACUUCUUCGAAGAGGGUCUCGACACUGUCCGACACGCCUUGCCCGAGGUCAAAGGAGACGGAAAAGACCGACCCUUGGCGGUCAGCGCUUUCAUGCAUCACCGCAUGCUGGAGGUCAUGGUCUACCGCCUCAUUUCUUCCAUCAUCAUCUACGAGUCCUUCAUGCAAUCGGUCGCUCCCCAAUACCAACAGGAGCAAGCGGAGCACCACUGUCAACAGACUCAAGUGCAAGUCCAGGGACCCGGAGCUUUCGGUCGGAUGCUGGUGCCGAAGAUUGAUGAGAAGACCAUGUAUGAGUUCCACACUUCUUCUUUGCCUCUUUCGCAACCUCUGGAGCAAGGACCACGGCAGGCGCAAGUGACGAAUGGCGUCAACUCGAGCCACAGCAACGGCUACAGCAGUGUCGUCUCGCCGGACUUGUCGUCUUCAUACUACGUCGCACCGCUGACUGGACGAAGGCUGAGGCGAACCACGACGCGGAGAGACCCUGGCCUCUACUCUUCGUACCCUCUGUACGAGCUUGAUCAAGUCGUCUGCACAGCUCUUUCGUUGCUCGAAGACCAGGAAAAGGAAGCCUCCUUGUCUGAAGAGAGGAACAGCGCCCAUCGGCGGUCCUAUUCGCACUCCUCCCCGCAGUCUUCCUCAUCGACGCGAGACACAGAGGGCGAAGUCGGCACAGCCGCAGGCGUCUCGAUCCCCAAGUCGCUUCGGGCCAUGAGAUGGCCUCGACACCUGGCCACUUUUGCCCGGCACAGCUUUGCAAUGGCGAGUGAGAUCGAAGUGAGCGGGCCCAAGUGGCGCGAGUACUAUGCGAUGCAGUCCUCGUCGGGACAAGUGGGCAAUGGCGAGAAGGACGAGCGGACAAAGGACAUUGCGCCAGAGUACCCACCGGUGGCGUCCAAGGAGCAAGGCGCGCUGCUGUGGAGGCAUGGCGACAACAUCAUCCGCCUACUCGAUGCCUUUGGAAAGGCCGGGUCUGAGCAUGCGAGAGAGUCGGCAGAGGGGGCGAGAAAGUACAGAGCAGAAAGGGUGGAAUUCUGUAGGAGAAAGCAAGAACAACAACAACAGCAGCAGCAGCAACAGCAGCCACAACAACAACAACAACAACAACAGCAUUCUUUUUAGUCAUCAGCGCGGGUAGGCUUCACGACAGUCUUUCCUGUAUGAGCGCUUAAUCCGCGACUCUUGUAACUUUGUAUCACUAUAAUGCCUAUCACAUUUGUUCUAUAGCGAGUGGGCA